GCCACGCGGUACAAUAGCGCUGUUGUGCCGUGUUGGUGGGCCGACUGACUGCAAGCCCGGGAGCAGAAUCCCCCCACAAAAAAAAACUCAAUUUAAAAUAUUACCACGCACGAAUACUUAUCGUUUUGUGGCUAUACACUGUAUUUGACGUUGGACGGCGUACGGAUGGGAUAAAGCGGACCUAGCAACGCUUAGAUUUGAAGGAUGUGACAGGAUGAAGCGUGUCAGGACCUCCAGCAGCAGCGACACUUCUGACAAUGAAAGUCCCUCAACCUCCUUCUGCUCCAACAAGUAUGGCAGCAAACCGGGCACCCCUGCCUCCGACCCGAAGAAACCGGCUGAAGUGUUCCGAAAAGACCUGAUCAGCGCCAUGAAGCUGCCGGACUCGCACCACGUCCCGCCGGAGGAGUACUACCUGCUGGCCGACACCUGGAAGCAGGAAUGGGAGAAAGGAGUUCAGGUUCUGGCGAGCCCGGACACCAUCCCGCAAGCGUCUGUCAGGAUCAUUGCGGAGAAAUCCAAGGAGAUUCUGUACGGCCACCAGAAGAAGUACAUCCAGUGCUCCGGGCAGGACACUGUGGAGCCCGGUUACGUCAACAUCAAGGAGCUGGCCGAGGCCAUGUGCCGCUACGACUUGGACGACGUUGACAUCUACUGGCUGCACACGUUAAACACCCAGCUGCUCUGCAUGGGUGAGGAGCCGGUGGACGAGCUGACGAUGGAGCGCGCCAUGGAGGCGCUGGAGGGCCAGUGCCACGACAACAUGAGGCACGCCAUAGAGACGGUGGAGGGCCUGGGGAUCGAGUACGACGAGGACGUGGUGUGCGACGUGUGCCGCUCGCCCGACAGCGAGGAAGGCAACGACAUGGUUUUCUGCGACAAGUGUAACAUCUGCGUGCACCAGGCAUGUUACGGGAUCGUCAAAGUGCCCGUCGGGAAUUGGCUGUGCCGCACGUGCGUGCUGGGAAUCGACCCGCAGUGCCUCCUGUGCCCCAAAAAGGGCGGGGCCAUGAAGGCGACACGCGCCGGCACCAAGUGGGCGCACGUCAGCUGCGCCUUGUGGAUCCCCGAGGUCAGCAUCGCGUGCCCUGAAAGGAUGGAGCCCAUCACUAAAGUGUCCCACAUCCCACCCAGCCGCUGGUCGCUCAUCUGCAGCGUGUGCAAAAUCAAGACGGGCGCGUGCAUCCAGUGCUCGGUGAAGAACUGCACCACGCCCUUCCACGUGACGUGCGCCUUCGAGCACAGCCUGGAGAUGAAGACGAUCCUGGACGAGGGCGACGAGGUGAAGUUCAAGUCGUACUGCCUCAAGCACAGCAAGCCUAAAGCAGCUGGGGAGGUGGGCCUGAGCCCGGCGCGCGCCAAGCCUCCGGCGCCGCCCUCCGACCCGACCAAGGUGGGCCUGCGGGCGCAGCGGCUUCAAGAACUGGAGGAGGAGUUCUACGCGCUGGUGCGGCCGGACGAGGUGUCGCGGGCUCUAGGGCUCUCGUCGCGUCUGGUGGAUUUUGUCUACCAGUACUGGAAGCUGAAGAGGAAGAGCAACUUCAACAAGGCCCUGCUGGCGCCCAAGGAAGAUGAGGAGAACCUGGUUCUGCAGCCGCACCAGGACAGCAUCCACACGCGCAUGCGCAUGUUCAUGCACCUGCGACAGGACCUGGAGAGGGUGAGGAACUUGUGCUACAUGGUGAGCCGGCGGGAGAAGCUCAAGCUGCUGCAAAGCAAAGCCCAGGAGCAAAUGUUCAACCUGCACGUCACCCUCAUGAGCCAGGAGACCUCUGCUGGCCUUGCUGCAUCCUUCCCGGUGGAGAGUGUUCUGUUCCGGCCUCCUCCGAGGAUCACGCUGAAGCUGAAAAUGCCCAAAGCCUCCAGCAUGGGAAAGUCCUACACCGCGUCCAAAUCGGCCAACGGGCCUCUGUGUCCGGACAACAGCGAGAACGUGUCUGAGCGCGCCAGCGAGGGUCUGGGCCAAGGCAAGCCUCAGCUGCACGGGCACGCCCGGCGAGAGGAGCGUGCCAACGGCAGGGUGGCGGGGAAGCCUCUAGCGGGUAAGCCCAUGGCGGGUAAGCCUCUGGCUGACAAGCCACUGGCAGGGAAGCCGCUGGGCAUGCAUUCCGCAUUGCACGGCCACUCAUCCAACGGCAAAGCAGAGCAAGAGCGCACCUCCAAAAAUGGCCUCUUGAUCGGGCAGAAAGACAGCUCGUGUCAGACACCCGGCGAGCCCGACAUACCAAAGCAACCGCUGGACAAAGGUGCUUUUGGUAAGUCUGCCAUGGAGCACUUUGGCAGGUCCUUCAAAGAGGCCACCAUGAACUUGGUAAGGACCACUGAGGACAUGCGGGCCUCGGACAAGCUCGCCCGCAAAGAAAAACUCUGGCCCAAGGGAGUGUCGGCCAACAACGCGCUUUUGUACCACGACAGCGACGGCUACUGCCCCGACCUGGAGCUCAGUGACUCGGAACCCGAGGCCAAGGGGAGGCACCGGCGCCAGGGCGGUCCACUCCCGCCGGAUGUCGCCCGGAGGGGGCGUGGGAGCAGCCAGAAGGGCGGCAGUGGGCGCGGGAGACAGUCGCUAGGCGCAACCUCACACUGCGUGCAAAGGUGACGACAGACUGUCCGGCUGCACUCGUUGUGCGAAAAUACGAGAUUAGCGUGCUAACCGAUUAGCACCACGUUUGUAAGUAGCACAACUUUUUACUGAACAGCUCACUACAAUCCAUUCCUCAUCGCACAGCUGGAUGUACAGUGUUCUGACCAACGGACCAAAACUAUCAAGACAAAAUGAGAACACCCACCAGGACUCCAGCUGAUGAUGUCACUAAGCCACACCCCUCAAAAUGACAGUGUUUUCCCUGCAGCCUGAAUAAAUGAAUCUCAGCUCUUGGCGGCAAAAUGGCACCAAAGCAAUACUUUCAUAUUAAAGCAUUGGCCAUAACAGAAAAAGAGCAAACGGGUGAAAUGAAAAUUUCACUCCGUUAACAAAUAGGUGGGGGAGAACACUGUUAAUAAUGGCGGCCAAAAAUGAACAUAUUUUUAAUUUCUACUGUAUUUUGUUUUCUUUAUAUAAACAAAGAAGUUGCCUUGAAAAAAACUCUUGAACUAUAAGUAGUUCAUAAAAUGGAUGGAUAGAAUGGUUGCCAAGAUGUUAAUGAGGAUGUCAAUCCAAAUUUUUCUUUACAGUGUUUUAUGCACCCCCUGUGAGAUGGAUCACAGCAUUUGGAUAAAUUUUGUGUUUUUGGAAGAUGAAAUCCACCUAUUUCUAUUCAUCUUGCAAGGCAGCCAUUUUGGCACUUGUUAGAAAAUGACAUUAAAAACGACUAUUUUACAGCAAGUGACAAAAUGGCCGCCACCUGAGAUGGAUGAAAAAUGCGGUGCAUUUUGCUGCUAAAUUCCAAAAGCGCAAUAUCAAUUGGAUUAUCAUGUAUAGGUUUGUGAGGUCGUUUAAACAAUUGCAAAGAAAAUAUUUGUGUUGAGUUCCCCUUUAAUGUGUGUCGUCAACAACGGACACUAAAUUCUGUCGUAUUUGCUGCCUUCACUCUUCUUUUCUCAUCCCUGAUUUAAUAAAGAAGCAAAUCAAGA